AGAUCUGUGAAGCAGUAGCAUAUUUGUCACUGUAGCAAAGGAAAAGCAUCAGACCUGCUAUCAGACAGCAUGAGGGUCCUCAUCCUGCUUGUGUGCCUGUCAGUGGGCUGCCUCGCUCAGAUACCGCGACACUGCAGAUACCCACCACUGAUGAGUGGAAGCCUUUCUGUGUCCACUGCAAAUCAGAAGCUGCUGGCAUUCUCCAAGUACAUUUAUGACGGACUGGGAGAGCGUAUCCGCUUCAGACAGUUUGGACUUUAUGACAAUAAGACCUACCAGCUUGAUGUGCUUCUACUCUACAGAAAAGGUGUUAUGUAUCAGAUAAACAGCAGGAACCAGACAUGCACCAAGAAGCGUCUGAGCACUGACUUCCACCCACUGGCAGUUCCAAGAAAUGCCACCCUGCUGGGCCAGGUCGUGUUAGGCAGCUCCUCUGGUCCUGGACAGGGAAUCCUGGUAAACAGCUGGUAUGGGGAGCUGCAGAUGAAGAACAGAUCAGCCAAAUACUUCACCACUGUCACUGAGUUUGGAUGCAUUCCUGUCACCACUCUGUACCACACCAACACCGGUGAAUGGGUGGUCAACAGCUUCUUCAACAAUGUCAUUGGAAUAGUCGAUCCCCAAAAACUCAACCCGCCAUUUUUCUGCUUGAAUGCCAAGCUGGAGGAAAACGAUGGAGAGGAGCCUGCAACAUUCCUCAGUUUGUUUAAAAGCUGAUUUCACUGUAAUGCACUGAUGAUGAUGAAUCUGCGCGAUUCACUGAACUGCACUAACAUGUGUAAACAAGCUGCAUUUGGUUAAAAUUCAUGCCGUUAUUCAAUCAGAGCUUUUUGAUGCAUACUUCAUAUUCAGUAUGAACAACAGAUUGAGCAGCCUUUCCUCUAAAAUCUGUUUUUAUUAAUGAGUUUUUCCCCUCUUUUCAAAGCAUCAGUUUAAUUAGUGCUUGAACUUUACAUUUAUGUCAUAAUAAAAAUUCUCCAAAA